AUGAAGUCUUUUGGCCUCAUCAAGGGGCUUGCGCUCCUGGCUGGCUUGGUCGCUUCUGCCCCUGUUGCCUCGCGGGAUGAGUCCCUUGAUCUCUUCCCUCGUGAGCCGGCUGAGACCGCCAGCCCAGCUGUUGAACUGCUCAAGCGGCAGUCCUGUAAUACCGAAUCCAACAGAGCUUGCUGGUCUCCGGGCUUCGACAUCAACACGGACUACGAGAGCAACACGCCAAACACCGGUGUGACGCGUCGGUACAACCUGGUGGUUACCGAGGUUGACAACUAUGUCGGCGGUGAUGGACUCGUCAAGUCGAAGGCUAUGCUGAUCAACAAUCAGUUCCCUGGCCCAAUCAUCAAAGCAGACUGGGGGGAUUGGGUUGAGGUCACGGUCACCAACAGACUCAGGACCAACGGCACUUCCAUGCACUGGCACGGUGUUCGGAUGCUCAACAACAAUCCCAAUGAUGGGGCCAAUGGCAUCACCGAGUGCCCCAUCCCUCCAAACGCAAGCAAGGUCUACAGGUUCCGGGUCGAACAAUACGGAACUGCAUGGUACCACUCGCACUUCUCAGGGCAGUAUGGCAACGGCGUCGUGGGUACGUUGCUGUUCAAUGGCCCAGCUUCCCUGCCGUACCAGGAGGACCUUGGCGUCUACCCCAUCACGGACUGGUACUACCGCGGCGCGGAUGAGAUCCAGUUCUCGCUCAUUCCGUCGCCUGGCGUCCCGCCCCCAAGUGACAACAUCCUGUUCAACGGCUCGCACGUCAAUGCACAGGGCGGCGGCUCCUACAACCGCGUAAAGCUCAAGCCCGGCCGGCGCCACCGGCUGCGCAUCAUCAACACGUCCGUCGACAACACCUUUACCGUAUCGCUUGUUGGCCACCAGUUCACCGUCAUCCAGACGGACUUUGUACCUGUCAACGCCUUCACCACCAGCCAGAUCUUCUUGGGUAUCGGACAGCGCUACGACGUGACUAUUGAGGCCAACCAGCCCGUCGGCAACUACUGGUUCAACGUCACGUUCGCCGCGAGCGGGCUAUGCGGCACCAGCCUUAUCCAGAAGCCAGCAUCCAUCUUUCAGUACGAGGGCGCCUCGGACACGGCGCUGCCCACCAACCCCGGGCCCACGCCGACCGAGUCCUUGUGCGAGGAUCUCAAUUCAUGGACUCCAGUCGUGGCUAAGAACGUGCCUCGGGCUUCCUUCAGUGCCGUGCCUGGAAACACGCUCGAGGCCAACACCAAUGUCGAGAACUGGGAGGGCCGGCAGCGCGUCUAUUGGGAGAUCAACGGCUCGGAUAUGAACAUCACGUGGGACGAGCCCACGCUCGAGUACCUAGUAAAGGGCAACAUGAACUUCCCGCAGAACUUUAACGUGUUCCAGGUGCCCCAGGGCAACCAGUGGUCCUUCUGGAUCAUCCAGAACCCCACGGUGGCGCCGCACCCGAUGCACCUGCACGGGCACGACUUCUACCUGCUCGGCCGGUCCCCGGCGCAGACCAACCCGUUCGCGGGCCCCGUGCGGCGCUUCAACGCGGCCACGGACCUGGCGACGCUCCGGUUCGACAACCCGGUGCGACGCGACGUGACCAUGCUGCCGGCCAACGGCUGGAUCGUCGUGGCCUUCCGCACCGACAACCCUGGCGCCUGGCUGUUCCACUGCCACAUCGCCUGGCACGUGGCCCAGGGCCUGAGCGUGCAGUUCCUCGAGCGCGUGCAGGACAUCCCAUCGGCGUUCCCGCUGAGCGCCAUCGAGCCCACGUGCUCGCAGUGGACCGCGUACUACGCCACCAGCCCCCACAAGCAGCACGACUCGGGGCUGUGAAAGGGGGGGAUGUGACGGUUCCGGAUUGGGUUUCCUUGGGAGCCCUGCGAAACCUGUUCACUUUGUACUCUAUCCAUUUCUUUGUUCUUUUCGAUUUUUCCUUGGUUGUCUUUUGGAUUCUUCUCCAUUUUGAGAAGGUUUCUUGGUCUCAGGGGCUGUCGGUGAGAAUCUCCUUGCUUGUCCAUUGCGCUAGCCUCAGAACACGCCGAGGAAUACGAGCAUCAAAUGCGAUCAGGGUUUCGCCUCGCAGUGGCGAAUCUAAUCUUCG